UGAAUGUGGAUGGCUGACUGCGCUGGCAGGAGAAAAAAAUAUGUUGCUUGACGGAUCCCCUUGUGAGCACUGAGCAGCGCCUUUUUCAACGGUGCUGUUGUAGAGAAAGCGUGUGUGAGUGACAUCUCUAGCGACCAAUCACAAGACGUCGUCAAAUUAGUGACGUGGCUACAACAAUGGCCCAAUCAUACAACGUUCCAGGAGGCCAGGAGGCGGAGGCUGUCGAAAUACGGGUGGGGAAAAAAACAACUUAGCUCUGGGUGAUGGUGAAGAUGGCGGAUGGGGAUAGUGGGAGUGAGCGCGGUGGAAGCAGCGGUGGCGGAGGAGGAGGGGGUGGAGGAAGCGGCUUCCAGCCUUUCCAGAGGGAUCAGGAGACCCAGGAGCUGGCGUCCAAGCGCCUUGACAUCCAAAAUAAACGCUUCUACCUGGACGUGAAGCAAAAUUCGAAGGGCAGGUUCAUCAAGAUCGCCGAGGUCGGCGCUGGGGGCUCCAAAAGUCGGCUGACAAUUUCCAUGUCAGUCGCGGCGGAGUUUCGGGAGUACCUGGGUGACUUUAUUGAGCACUACGCCCAACUCGGGCCCAGCACCCCGGAGCAGAUCGCCCAGUCCUCCGGCGGCGAGGACGGCGGGCCUAGACGGGCCUUGAAGAGCGAGUUUCUAGUGAGGGAAAACCGCAAAUAUUACCUCGAUUUGAAGGAGAACCAGCGGGGGAGGUUCCUUCGGAUCCGUCAGACUGUCAACCGUGGGCCUGGUGGGUUUGGCGUCGGGGGGGGAGGAGGUGUGCCUGGGGGUGGCAUGCAAUCCGGGCAAACCAUUGCCCUUCCUGCUCAGGGUCUCAUCGAGUUCCGCGACGCCUUGGCCAAGCUCAUCGAUGACUACGGCGGGGACGACGAGGAGCUGGUUGGGGGUGGCUGCGCCGGGGGUUACGGGGAGCUUCCCGAGGGCACGUCAAUCAUGGUGGACUCGAAGCGGUUCUUCUUCGACGUGGGCUCCAACAAGUACGGCGUGUUUCUGCGGGUGAGCGAGGUGAAACCCAGUUACAGAAACUCUAUCACGAUUCCCUUCAAAGCUUGGAGCAAGUUCGGGGGGGCGUUCUGCCGCUACGCCGAGGAGAUGAAGGAGAUCCAGGAGCGGCAUAGAGAUAAAGCGUAUGACCGGAGAGGAGGCGAGGAGUCGGAGGGGGACGACUUGGAUGACGACUGACCCGGCGGUCGGGUGUUCCGUUACUCGGGCGACCCCUCAGCGAAAGAUUCACAUGCAUGAAACGAAACGAACCCUAAUGCUCAAACCAUGGCGAAUAAAAGAUGUUUGACUGUGAAACACUGUCAUGUAUAUGUAAGAGAACCCUGUUUAAAAAGCAGUAUAGAGUUACCCUUUUAACUCAAAGACUGCUCACAAAUGAGUAAACCGGGACAUUUAGUGUUAGUGUAUCAAGCUAUGAUGAUAUCUCUGCUAUAAGUGUUUUUGGUGUUGUACCAUAUGAUGGAGAGCAAGCCAGCAUCAUCCGAAUGACAUGGUGUGAAUCUCAUAGUUAGUUCAUUCAGGAAGUGUUCUUUGAAAAUGUGUGUGUGUAUAUAAAAGACACAGAUCAAUCAGUAUAAAAGGUUAUUCAGCUUGUUGACACAGAAUACAGUUCAAAUGGUGCUAUGAAACAAUAUUCCACCACACCGUUGAGUAAAAAGUUUGGGUGCAUUUUAUUUUGUUUUCCUCCUGUUUCUUGUCAGGAUAGAGCAAAUCACUCAGAUCGGAUGUAGGGAUGAAUGUAUGUACUAAAUUGUGUGCAUCAAAAUUGGGAAGUGGAUUGCACACACAAAAAAUAUGCCGAUGCCACUUUGCUCCUCUUGCUAAAUUUACAGUUGAAAUUGAUUAGGCUCUUUGAAAGAGAAUAAUACCAGAUGUGUAGGUUUUGUCGAAUGUUAUGUCCACGUUAGACUGAAAGGUUAAUAUCAGUCCAUCUGGCUUUCAAAUUAGAAGUUUUUGAAUUGAGCAUGAGGAGCGUUUUUAUGAUUUAACUGGAAAGCAAAUCAAAUGUAGAACAACACCCAACUGUGUUUAAAUAGAUUUAUUUUUAAAAACAGUAUAAAGACAUAUAUAUCUAUAUCUAUAUACAGAAUUAUAUUUAUAUAGAGACAUGGAAUCAAUUAUAAAUGCUUCCUUAACAGGCUACUUAAACAAAACUCGGAUACAACUAUACAGGGGGAUGUUUCUUACUGGUUUUCCAUACUUUUCCUAUAGUCCUCAUGGUUGGAAGAGCACAGGAAAAAAUAGUUGACUAUACAAACUAGACUUGACCGUUAACUCUUUUUAGUUCGUAUACCUUUUCCCUUUUUAAAAUCAAUCUCUUCCUCCCAUAUUUCUCAUUUAAGUUUAGGUGUUACAUUUCUGACCUCCAAGAAGAGAUCUGCAUUCUGUCUUCUCCUAGAUCUCUCAAAUUGUGUUUGCCUGUCAAAGUUUUCCAACCUCCUCCUUUUUAUUUUGUUCUUAUUGCUCUGAGUGGAUGUUAUCAAUUUUUAAAUUGACUAGAGAAAAAGGAGUGAUAUUCCAUGAUUUGCUUAGAGUGGCAUUUGGCACAAUCCUGGUAAAAUGUCAUCAUUUAUUUACAUUAAAACCCUUUCCUGGCCUUUUUUUAUGUUUAUUUCUAAGCCUUCUCAGCCACAAGGAUUAGCUAUACACACCACCCGGGAGCCAUAGAGAUUCGUUUUUUUUAAACUAAUUUAAAAUCAAUAUCCAUACUAGUUUUGACCUCAUUCUUGUCUGUACUGUGUUAUGUGAUAAAGGCAGCUGUUCAAUCAUGUGUGUUCUGCUGUAAUCCUCGACAAACUUCAUUUGAACAAUAAAUAGAAUUUCUUUGCUGAGAACACGAGGGUUUGAAUUUAAAAUGG